AUGGCUGACGUUUUCCCGGCCAACGACUCUACGGCGUCUCAGGACGUGGCCAACCGCUUCGCCCGCAAAGGGGCGCUGAGACAGAAGAACGUGCACGAGGUGAAGGACCACAAAUUCAUCGCCCGCUUCUUCAAGCAGCCCACCUUCUGCAGCCACUGCACCGACUUCAUCUGGGGGUUUGGGAAACAAGGCUUCCAGUGCCAAGUUUGCUGUUUUGUGGUUCACAAGAGGUGCCAUGAAUUUGUCACUUUUUCUUGUCCGGGUGCGGAUAAGGGACCCGACACCGAUGACCCCAGAAGCAAGCACAAGUUUAAAAUCCACACCUAUGGAAGCCCCACCUUUUGUGAUCACUGUGGGUCCUUGCUGUAUGGACUUAUCCAUCAAGGGAUGAAAUGUGACACCUGUGACAUGAAUGUGCACAAGCAGUGUGUGAUAAACGUGCCCAGCCUCUGCGGGAUGGACCACACGGAGAAGCGGGGCCGGAUCUACCUGAAGGCGGAGGUCACCGAUGAGAAGCUCCAUGUCACCGUACGAGAUGCAAAAAAUCUAAUUCCUAUGGAUCCAAAUGGGCUUUCAGAUCCGUAUGUGAAGCUGAAACUUAUUCCUGAUCCGAAGAAUGAAAGCAAACAGAAAACCAAAACCAUCCGCUCCACACUAAACCCCCAAUGGAAUGAGUCCUUUACGUUCAAAUUAAAACCUUCGGAUAAAGACCGACGGCUGUCCGUAGAAAUCUGGGACUGGGAUCGAACAACAAGGAAUGAUUUCAUGGGAUCCCUUUCCUUUGGAGUCUCGGAGCUGAUGAAGAUGCCGGCCAGUGGAUGGUACAAGCUGCUUAACCAAGAGGAAGGUGAGUACUACAACGUACCCAUUCCAGAAGGGGAUGAAGAAGGCAACGUGGAGCUCAGGCAGAAAUUCGAGAAAGCCAAGCUUGGCCCUGCUGGUAACAAAGUAAUCAGUCCUUCAGAAGACAGGAGACAACCUUCCAACAACCUGGACAGAGUGAAACUCACCGACUUCAAUUUCCUCAUGGUGCUGGGGAAAGGGAGUUUUGGAAAGGUGAUGCUUGCUGACCGGAAGGGCACAGAGGAACUGUAUGCUAUCAAAAUCCUGAAGAAGGACGUGGUGAUUCAAGAUGAUGACGUGGAGUGCACCAUGGUGGAGAAGCGAGUCCUAGCCCUGUUGGACAAGCCCCCGUUCCUGACACAGCUACACUCCUGCUUUCAGACAGUGGACCGGCUGUAUUUCGUCAUGGAAUACGUCAAUGGCGGGGACCUCAUGUACCACAUUCAGCAAGUAGGAAAAUUUAAGGAACCACAAGCAGUAUUUUAUGCAGCAGAGAUUUCCAUUGGAUUGUUCUUUCUUCAUAAAAGAGGAAUCAUUUACAGGGAUCUGAAGUUAGAUAAUGUCAUGCUGGAUUCAGAAGGGCAUAUCAAGAUUGCCGAUUUUGGGAUGUGCAAGGAACACAUGAUGGAUGGAGUCACAACCAGGACCUUCUGUGGGACGCCAGAUUACAUUGCCCCAGAGAUAAUCGCGUAUCAGCCGUAUGGAAAAUCCGUGGACUGGUGGGCCUAUGGCGUCCUAUUAUAUGAAAUGCUAGCCGGGCAGCCUCCCUUUGAUGGCGAAGAUGAAGAUGAGCUGUUUCAGUCCAUAAUGGAGCAUAACGUUUCUUAUCCCAAAUCCUUGUCCAAGGAGGCCGUUUCCAUCUGCAAAGGACUGAUGACCAAACACCCAGGCAAGCGGCUGGGUUGCGGGCCGGAGGGGGAGAGAGACGUGCGGGAACAUGCCUUCUUCCGAAGGAUCGACUGGGAGAAGCUGGAGAACAGGGAGAUCCAGCCGCCCUUCAAGCCCAAAGUGUGUGGCAAAGGCGCAGAAAACUUUGACAAGUUCUUCACGCGAGGGCAGCCUGUCUUAACACCACCUGAUCAGCUGGUCAUUGCUAACAUAGACCAGUCUGAUUUCGAGGGGUUCUCGUAUGUCAACCCCCAGUUUGUGCACCCCAUCUUACAGAGCUCAGUAUGAAACUCACCACUGAGAACCAACGCGUCCCCAGCCCCCAGCCCCCCAAUAGUGGGAAGUGAUCCUUAACCCUAAAAUUUUAAGGCCAUGGCCUUUUCUCUUGUUCCAGAUUGGGGGGGCCUGAAAAUUUUAGGGUUAUUAGUCCAAAUGUGAGUAACUGUUCAGGGUCUCUCUCUUACAACCAAGAACAUUAUCUUAGUGGAAAAUGGUAUAAUGUACAGUGUCCAGUUUAAUUAUGUAGAAGUCAUGUCUGGCUGUAGGUUAACCCUUCCUAGAAAGCAGACAAACUCUCCCCCUUUUUUGGUACGAUUUGAUAUAGUUUCCUUGUCCUCUGUCAAUUUCCACCAUUGGGAUCCCCCAACCAGAGAUGUUAAAAUGAACCUGACCCGGGGCCAGUGAUUCUCCCCCUGAGACAUCUUUGGAACAAAAGAAUGGGGAGCCCGGUAUGUGAGCCAGGUGGGGAGUGGGGGAGGCUUUGAAAUACCCGCUACUUCUGUUCUCUGCCUCAGUGGAAACAGUCCCUAGAAUUCAAGAGGCCGAGAUGAAUCAUGUCCCCACAGUGAGUCAUUUGCAAGCUCACUGUUACCAGACGUUGACAGUCUUAACCCAGUCACGGUCCAGUGAUUACUGGUCUUCAAAAAGAGAGCGAACCUCAGAAGAACGUUGGGUGAACCUGUCAGCUCCCCUAUUUGGUUGAUAAUUAUCUUAAUACUUGCAUUUCUUUUUAAGAGGCCAAAUCUUCUAAGGACUUUGAUAAAUGAGCAUGUGAAAUCAUUUCAGAUCAAGGAUAAACCAGUGUGUAUGUAUGUUCAUUUUAAUCUCUGGGAGAUUAUUCUGUGAUCCAGGGUGCCAUCAGCAAUCAUGCCACUACUCACGAGUGUUGUUAGCCAACCCCCACCCUCCAACCAAUAUUUUGCUACCUACUUCCUCAGAAGCUGAAGCAAGCGUACACCCCAUCCCCUUUUGUACUUAUUUAUUUACUAGGCUGCGGUGUUGUUCAUGAGAGUACGGUGUACAGUAACUUAACAGAGUGUUAACUAUAGCAUAAGUCUCCAUUGAUCGAUUUUCCUCCCAUGUCCAGCCCUUGACAUCCUCUAAGGGAUGAAAACCAAUACAGUUUGGGUCCCCAUUUCCAGUUCAUGUUGAAUGACACACCUGAAGCUGUAGAAUCAGGAAAACCUGGAUGCACAUCAGCGCAAAGAUGUUUUAUUGCUAGAAGGAUUUUACUAUGUUUUGCAAAUGCAUCAUGCAAUGAAUUUUGCAUGUUUAUAAUAAACCUUAAUAACAAGUGAAUCUAUAUUAUUGAUAUGAUCGUAUCAAGUAUAAAGAGAGUAUUAUAAUAAUUUUAUAAGACACAAUUGUGCUAUAUUUGUGAAGGCUCUUGUUUCUAAUCUGCUUUUAUGAUUAAGCUUUUGCUUAAUUCCUUGCUGCGUGCUUCCUCUCCCCCCACCCCCCGGGUACCCUGCACAUUGGCACUGUAUCGGAUAUAUUAAUUUUUUAUCGUAGAUCUAAUUUUGAAAUGAAUGGCUAUUUUACAUGAUCAGUUAGGCUUAUACAUAUAUAUAUAAAUAUAUAUAUAAAUAUUUGAUUCUACCUGCAAACAAAAGUUUUUGUUUUCGGGGAUUAUUUCCGAGAUGACACUCACUCCCUCCUAGCUCCUCAGCACCAUUUUCCACUCCUGUGCCACUCUUCCUCUUGGGGACAUCAGGAAGUGUUUGACUCCAGUCUACCUAGUAUGUUUGUGUAGGUGUGAUGCUGUCACAGCCCCUGGGCUGGACUUUGGUUUUUCCUUUUCAGCCUUGUUACUGUUAGUGACUCGGGGUGGGAGGGACUGGAAGACGCCCUUCCUGCUGUGUGUGUGCGAACGCACCAGAGGCAUGCUGUCCACCUUGCUGCCCCCGGAACGACUCACCCUUUGCUCCAGCACAUACAGACUUCGUGAGACAACCAUCCAGUCCAGCAGCCCCCCUGGGCACAGCCAUCCCCUGGCACUAUCCACAGACUCUUUAGAAGCUGCAGAUUUUCUUCCACCUGUUGCUAGAACCAGCCUUUCCAGUCUUGUGAGGAGCGCCUCUGUGGUGAGACAGCGUGCUGACGCAAGCUCCUCGAUGAAGCCAGCCUCCUACGAUAGAAAGAACAUCCAACAUGGAAGCAGUUAUCAGGUCUUACGGGGCCGCUCUGUUUCCCUUGUCCCCCAGAUGCGUCUCCCAGCUACGUGCCUCCUCAUUUUUACCUUCUGGCUGUUUGCCUGAAAUUCAUGUAACACACAACCACGGAAGUGUCUUUGAGUUUGAGAGGCCUGGUCCGCCCUGGGAACCCUUGAUUAGGGGAAGAGAUGGGGUAGGCAGUGGGUCAGCCCCCAGAAGAGCAACUUCCUCUGCAUUCUUUCAUGGGCUAUAGAUGUCAGAACCCAGAAGGGGCCCCAGCACACCCAGGGCCACAGUCCUGCUGGUCAGUAGAAAAGGGACCAGUUUAUGGAAUGAGCCUAAGAAACAAAACAGCCGGUCACCCUGCCCCUGGAUGGAGCAGCAGCAGGACGGACACCCCCCACCCCCACCCCACGGCCGCGCGCAGUAAGCCCCAGGCAGUGAGGAAAGCUUCAGAAAAGAACACAUGGGGGUUUCCGGACCGUUGGUUCCCGAGCCCCAUGCAACCCGCUUGUUUCUGAGCCAGCCACAGUCUCAGGCUUUCCCUCACCCAGCCAACACAUUUCCAAAUUAUUCAUAAUUCUCCAGGAAACAUAUUCAGCAUCUCAGCUGGCUUGUAUUCUUUCAGAAUGUGUGGCAGAGUUUUAAAAGAAAAUCUCUUGGCUGUGGGGCCCUGUGCUCGGCCUGAGGGACAGCAGGCUUGAGGCCAAACUUGGGGGGAAGACAGUAAACCUCAGGACCUACUGAAGUGUCACCGUGAUGUGCCCUGUUGGUGCAUGGCUUUGUACCUGGAUUCAGGUAAAGGCUAAUGUUGUAAAGGUCUGAGCAGCCCAAGAUGGUUAUUUCUGAAAGAAUAAACGGUGUGGGUGACCAUGACCAACUGUUAGGCCAGCUUACAAAAGCAGCGAUCUGUACAGUUCUCUGGUGCAGUCCCACUUCAUGGGCAUUGUGUGAAGACCACAGGGAAGCUGUCAGCUGGAAUGAGGAGAACACCUGAACUCUUGAAGUUCAGCCCCCAAGCACUGCCCGUAUCACUGGGGCCUGUGGAGGUCCAGGGCCCAGGCAGCAUCUAGCACAGUCUGCUUCUCUGCCAGACUCCGUGGCCCAAGACUCUGAAGGGCCAUUCACGUUGGCUUGCAUUCUUUUCCCUUGGACGGUGGGGGCUACUCGGCAGCAGAACUUGGCUCUGAGGCUGCAGGCCAAUGGGCUGGCUGCCCCUCUAUUGGCAUCUUGUCUAAAGAGGCUAGAUGCUUGGUUUCGAUGGAAGUAUCUGGAGUGUGCAGCCAGGUAUAGCCCUCGGAGGUUAAUGAGUGGUUCACUAAAGGCAGGAACUAAUUUAAAAGGCAGUGGUUGCUCUUCACAUCUGCUUCUCUUUGAUCCCCACGACCUGGUGCCAGUGAAUACAGAGUCUCCUUCUGUCUUGUCUUAUGAGAUGUGUCAGGCUUUCUUAUGAGGAAUGUUGGCCAAAAAUCAGAGCUUUUAGGGCACUUCGGAAACCUGACCUGAGAUGGUUGGUUGAAAGGUGAUGAAAGAGCACAGUUGAGUGUGGAGCACCUCUCUGAGCUGCAGUCCUCAGCAGAGCGAGCUGAUGAGCUGGCAUACUUGCUGGAACGAGGGUGUAGACCCAAGAGAGCCACGCGUUGGUGCUCAGAGAGGGGAGAGGUCGGUGGAGGCCGAGGUCCAUAAGGCGUUUAAAGAAGAGCAGGGAUUGAGUGCAUCCGGAAAGAUGCUUGCAGGAGGAGGAAGGCAGGAGGGUGUGGAAGGAAAGAGAGGGCACCUCGGGAAGGAAGCUACUGCCAUUUCCAGUGGCUUUGCAUCGUUGGUUGUUGGUGCCUUUGAUAUUCACCUCCUGCUGGUCCCUGAGAGCAAGUUUGUUGCCAGGAACACAGUCUAGUCCUCAGAAAGUAUCCCCUGAAGGCCAACAGCAUCCUCAGUGGCCACUGGAAGCCCCCUGCCCCUGCCUGCCUUGAGGUAGCUCACAGUUCUCUGGGCAGAGCCACACCAUCCAGCGUGCCCCGGAACCCGGUAGGUUCCCACCUUCCUUCCUCUGUGGCUUCCUGUCGGGAACGAUGGCCGGGGAUGGAUGGAGAAGUGGCGAAAGGAAGUAACACUCCAGUCCCCACCUGAGUGCCCUUAGCAGGAGAAAUCUGGGCUUUUGCAGGGAUUCAUUUUCUCAGGACUGAAGAGGGAGAGAAAGUGAGAGUCUGAUAUUUUUAAAUGCCUCAGAAAGGCAACACCAACUGACAGUCACUUUCUCACUUUGGUCUUACGAAGUCACCGAUUUCUUGUGUGUGCAUAUCACACCAUUUCCUGUCUCUUUAAGCCCAGCAAGGGCAGGAGUGCCUGUUCCCCCGCGGAGCACACUAGUCAUCCUCAGGAAGGAGACGCUGACCUGGGGACCCAAAGGACGAUGGUCAUUAAGAGAGGAGCAGCGAGGCCAAGACAGUUAGUUCCAGUGAAGGAAAAGGGCACUCUGGUUCUUACUGACCACACGCUAAGGUGACAAGUGGGAAACUAUUUUUUGAAACCUUUUCCUUGAGUUGCUUGGGUUACAUCUUAUGGAAUAUACCAGACUGUAAACAUGUCUGUCAUUUCCCAUUUGGUCCAAUGAGACAAAAUCUAGGGAAUGCUGUAUAUUUCUGCUGCAGAAGAUACAGAAACUUGAGAAAGGUUACCUGAGUUAUAGUGAGUGAAGGCAUCUAGAAAUGGUGUCAACCACAAUCCUGUUCAUUUUCUAAUGUCAGGGACUCUCUCGGAGGGUUAAAAUCAUGUAUGACUAGGGCCCCUGUGCCUCUGAUCUGCGUGAUAGAUCAGAGUGUCAGUUGAUAAUUGUGUAGGUCAAACUCAGUCAUUAAACAGCCUUACCGUGACCCUACACUAAGGCCCACAAGUUCCAAAGACCUUUUUUUAAACCUCAAAGAAGAAAUUAGUUAAUUCCAAUAGAACAACAGUAUACUGGGCUAUUUGUACUUUUUUAUAGAGAAUUUUAAUAACUCAAUUCUGUUUUUAAAAUAAAUCUGACAAUUUGAUAAGAUUCCAAUCUCAUGGAGCCUGUAGGAGGACUCAGCUGGGGUCACCUUGAGUGCCCCUGACCUGCACUCCCACUGUAGAAUUUCCCCAUGCCAGUGGUAUAUGGAGUCCACAUCAGAAUGGCUGGAAAUUCAGGUGGAACGUGUUGGCAGACUGAUGCCCUCCAUAUUUUUGAUGCACACUGGGGACAGCCGUCUAGGGUCUGGAAGAUUUUGGACCAUAGGAAAGAUAGCUUUAUUUUCCCCUUCCAGAUGCAGCCCUAGGAUAGCAUUCCCCUGGGGUCCCUGGGAUGCCUCUCCUUGCUCUGUGAGGCUCUGUGACCACCUUUUGGCUUGGGAGGCAUGGCACUUCCUCGGCUCUGUCUCCAGUCCCCAGAGGUCCCCCAAGGCUCACACUCAGUGAAAAUUCAGAGAUGCCCUGUUAGGAUUUUGUCCACUGGGCAAUUCAGAUAUGCUUCAAUAUCCCCGAGAAAGAAGAGGCGGCAGCAAACACUCCCAAGGGCAUCUGUCUCCAAAUUCUCUCUUAUGUGAGUAGACAGAACCCUACUUUUCAGAAACUAUCAAGUCUACUUUAUAAGAACCUUUUUUUUUUUCUAAAAUAAGACAAAAGGUGGCUUUGCAUUUUCUGAUUAAAUAACUGUGUCUGUCUCCUCUGCUUAACUUUAGGAGUAUUUAUUCCUGUGAUUGUUCAUAGAUUUUUGUUGAUAUUCUUCCUGGAAGAAUGGGAUUCUUAAGGGGAUCAGUGGACUAUUCAAAAUCAUCCAUGAAGGAAGUUAUUCUUUUGAGUCUAAAGGGUCUAAAAAUUCGCCUCCUAUCCCUUCUGUCAGGGUCUUUCAGAAUAUCUUUUCUAGAUGGUCAGAGACAUUUGAAAUCAUUGCUUUUGCCCCAUGAGAGAGAAAGAGAGAGCGCGCGCGCGCGCGCGAGAGAGAGAGAGAGAGAGAGAGAGAGAGUGUGUGUGUGUGUGUGUGUGUGUGUGUGUGUGUGUGUGAAGGACACGUCAUAUUUAAAUCAUUCAUUGGAAAACAUCAUAUAAGAUGCCAGAUCUGUACGGAGGAGGAAGAUGAAGAGAUGGAGGUUGAGGUUUUUCCUUCUGUAUAAUCACCUUCUGACAAAAUGUAGAGGCCAUUCAACUGUCCAGUAACAUUUGGUUUAAAGCAGGCAAGAUGGAUGUGUACAUUACUGCGCUGCUUUCCUCAAUUUGUAUAACCUCUGAUCUUUGUUUGCAUGAUAUGCUUUGUUAGAUACAUUAAUUGUAGUUUGGAAGCAAGUGUGUACGAAUAAACAUAAUGAUCAUCCCUUGGUG